AUGGCUGAGGUUCUCUCGAAUACGCCUUCACCACCCCCGCGCGUGCGAACACCUCAAACACCCAAGUUUGGCGCGUUCGGGGACAACUGGGAACCUUAUUCCCCACGCAAAUCAACAAGAAUCGCAAACCGCACUCCUUCACCCCAAUCUGCCGCCGUCGCAUCUCGCAGCAACGCAACACUGAAGAAAACCACCAUUUCUACUCCCGGCACUUCUCCCCAGAAGAAGCGUGCGCCCGCAAUGGACUCUGUUACUCGCGCACCUCGCGCAACUCACCUGGCUCCUAGCAGCGCACGAAGCGCUCCCACCUCUGCCCCCCAAUCCAAGUCAACAAACAAUCUGAGCGUGGCGACCAUGUUGCCAACCCCCUCCAAAACACCCCGUAAGCAGCCCGACGACAAUCUCGAAGCUGGUGUCCGCGCGGUUGCACGCAACCUUUUCGCUUCAGAGUCUUCGUCGAGCAACUCUGUCGCUUCUCCACGCAAGAGAAAGACCAAGACCUACACAGGUCUGUCAUUGGAGAGCUUCAGAGCCGAAGAAGUUGAGGAGGAUAUCACCAUCUUCACCGACUCGCGCGACAGAUUACCCGAGGUUGACGGUAGCGCUGAAAACCCAUUCUAUGGCAACACUGAGGACCCCCAACCUACCAGCACACGCCGGAGCACCAGAGUUAAGAAGGUCUCGAUACCUGGUGUUGGCAGAGUUCCUGUGGAGGAAGCUGUUCAGCGUGGCGACGGCAUAGUCUACGUAUUCCGCGGAAAGACUUUCUGGAAGCCUCGCGAAGAUGGUAUUCCUCAUAAUGAGGACGAAAAUGAGCUUGAUGGCUCAACAGUAAAUGUGGACGCCCAGGCUUCAUCGCCACUGAUUGACCGACUUGAUCGCCUUGGCUCUCCGCCUCGAAGAAUCACUCGCUCAUCUAUCAAGCCUCGCCUUCUUUUCCCGGCCCAAGAGAAGAAGAAGGCCAGCCAUGACACGGAUGAGGAGGAAGCAGCUACAGAUAUCGAGGAUCACGCCAACCCCAACCCCACCAUCAUCGAACCCGAGGAGGAGCAAUCACAAACACCCCAGGAGCCUCAGGAAAAGAUUGUACCCGAUACACCCGCAGCUCCUCGCUUUGCACCUGCCUCCCCUCCGGCUAGCGCCCGGGCUACUCGUGUCAGCAAGAGAUUACUUGCUGAAGAGACUCCAGCCAAGCGUACUGGAAGACGCAGCCCCUUCGACAGCUGGCGCCGAUCUAAGACAGGCACCGCAUCGCAUGGUCAGAAGCGGGAGGCCGAGAGCAGUCCGCCGCGCGAGGCUACUUCCAAGCGUUUACGUGGUUAG